UGCGCUCUCGCAGCUCUGUCCUCACUGCACACCGCGCAUCCAGGGAAGGAAUGAGUGACAGACCAGCAGCAAGAGGCUGGGGUAAGUGUGGACGUCUGUGUAAGUGUGAGACCAGCAUGGUGGCAUUUAAAGGAGUCUGGACUCAGCCUUUCUGGAAAGCUGUUUCAGCAGAAUUUUUGGCCAUGCUAAUUUUUGUGCUCCUCAGCCUUGGCUCUACAAUCAACUGGGGUGGAUCUGAGAAACCUCUGCCUGUAGACAUGGUCCUUAUCUCUCUCUGCUUUGGACUCAGCAUUGCAACCAUGGUUCAGUGCUUUGGACACAUCAGUGGCGGCCAUAUUAACCCUGCAGUGACUGUUGCUAUGGUCUGCACUAGGAAGAUCAGCCUUGCCAAGUCUGUCUUCUAUAUUGUUGCCCAGUGCCUGGGUGCCAUAGUGGGGGCAGGAAUUCUCUACCUUGUCACGCCCCCAAGUUUGGUGGGAGGCUUGGGAGUUACUAUGGUACAUGGUGAUCUUUCCGCUGGCCAUGGACUCCUGGUGGAGUUGAUAAUUACUUUCCAGCUGGUUUUUACUAUUUUUGCCAGCUGUGAUUCAAAACGAAGCGAUGUUACUGGUUCAGUGGCUUUAGCAAUUGGAUUUUCUGUUGCAAUUGGACAUUUAUUUGCUAUCAACUACACUGGUGCUAGUAUGAAUCCUGCUAGAUCAUUUGGACCUGCAGUUAUCAUGGGAAAAUGGGAAAACCACUGGGUGUAUUGGGUGGGACCAAUAAUUGGAGCAGUCCUUGCAGGAACCCUUUAUGAGUAUGUAUAUUGUCCAGAUGUUGAGCUCAAGCAACAUUUAAAAGACGUCUUCGGUAUGGCCACUCAUCAGUCUAAAGGGAAAUACAUGGAGGUGGAUGAUAGCAGGAGCCAGAUAGAGACAGAUGACUUGAUCCUGAAGCCUGGCACCAUUCAUGUGAUUGACGUUGACAGGAGUGAAGAGAAGAAGGGGGGCGAUCCAACCAAUGAGGUGUUAUCUUCUGUAUGACUAGCAAGGAGCACUGAAAGCAGAGAACAACCUGCCAGAAUGUCCACAGAUAUCCUUCCACCCAUUAAAGAGACAGAUUUACUGUAAACCAAUCACCUGCAAUAUCUGAAAAUGUAUGGAGAUGACAACAGCUAAGUAGUUGCUUCACCAAGCUAUACACCUGCUCAGUUUGAUUAGACAUGCACUAUACCAUAAAUUCUUCCAAAUUCAGAAAUUUCCUUUAUGGGAAGGACCAGCUCCACAGUAAAUCUGAAAGAGCCGAUAGCAUUUCCUUUUUAAUAAAGCCAUCAAUAGCAAGAUGGAAAUAAAGAUGUUUAACAUGAGAUUGACAGUUAAGACUUAUCUGCAAAUGCCUAUAGCACACAGACGUAUUUAUCAGAUUAUUCUUCUGACACUUAAUUGGCUGUUGUCAACCCUGGUUAGAAUGUCUUAUCCAUUAAGUGUUCUUUGCAAGGUUCGAUGACAAUAAUGCCAAAGUACAGCAUGCAACAGAUUCAUCCAAAUUUAAGGUAGUAUUUUUUGUUCUUGUAUAUCCAAUCAUUGUUUCUUACAAACUCUGAAAAACUAUAUUUUAAUAGGCAAAAAUUGGUUCCUGUCAGUCAUCCUACCAGUUUUCACCCAUUACAUGUUCAUGUUCUGGUUAAAAAGUACAGGCAGUCCCCGG